CAGAGCCUGAGCAUUAAGCCACACAGCCCAGAGGCUUGUGAAUGUGCUGCAUGGUGGAGCAGGAGGAUCUGUCUACUGCUGCUGCUUCUGCUACUGAAGCUUCUCAUUGUCUGCACUAGAAUGGACUAUUAAAGACCUGGUCACCCUUGCAUCUGUUGAAAACUACUCAGCGCCGUCAUGGGGAAACAGAACAGCAAGCUGCGUCCUGAGGUCAUGCAGGACCUACUAGAAAGCACAGACUUUACAGAACAUGAGAUCCAGGAGUGGUACAAAGGCUUCUUGAGAGACUGUCCAAGUGGACAUUUAACAAUGGAGGAGUUUAAGAAAAUAUACGGGAAUUUUUUCCCUUACGGGGACGCUUCCAAAUUUGCAGAACAUGUAUUCCGUACUUUCGACGCCAAUGGCGAUGGGACAAUUGAUUUUAGAGAAUUUAUCAUAGCUUUGAGCGUGACGUCCAGAGGAAAGCUGGAGCAGAAGCUGAAGUGGGCGUUCAGUAUGUAUGACCUCGACGGGAAUGGCUACAUCAGCAAAUCGGAAAUGUUGGAAAUAGUACAGGCGAUCUACAAGAUGGUUUCGUCAGUAAUGAAAAUGCCAGAAGACGAGUCUACGCCUGAAAAAAGGACAGAAAAAAUCUUUCGGCAAAUGGAUACCAACCGAGAUGGAAAACUUUCACUGGAGGAGUUUAUCAAAGGGGCAAAGAGCGAUCCAUCAAUCGUCCGCCUACUUCAAUGUGACCCAAGCAGUGCCGGACAGUUUUGAACAUUUUAUUUUUGGAUAAAACACGUCAAAUUAUUAUUUUUCUUUUUUUCUUUUUGCCAAAAUUAAAUUUCUUGUGGUGUCGACACGUUAUGGCCAAACAUAUCUACUUCCUUCUAUGAUAUCUUUUAUUUUGGAUGACAAAGAAUGGUGAAUGCUGCCACUGUUUGGUGAAGGACAUCUUCUGUACUAUUGCACCGGGUAUUCUUGCCAUUUUACUAUGUAAAUGGAAUAACUGAGACUCUCACCACACCUCAUGGACUUUCUAUGGAGCGGACAAAACAAAUAUCAGAUGGCUGUGGUUAAGAUUUGGCCUACUUAGUUUUGUAACUUCUUAGCUGUUUUAGCCAAUAUUUGCAGAUGGAAGUACGUGAUCCUCUACGUCAGUGAUCUCCAACGUGUGGCUUUCCGAAGACUGGCACAAAAUGCCUGGGAGUUGUAGAUUGGCAACAACCGGGGAGCUAUAGGUUGGAGGCCGCCGACCUUCAUAGAUAAAAAAAUGUACCUACAUCAGUGAUCUCAAACUGUGGCCCCCCCAGAUGUUGCAAAACUUCAACUCCCAGCAUGCCCGGACAGCCGAAGGCUGUCCGGGCAUGUUGGGAGUUGAAGUUUUGCAACAUCUAGAGGGUCACAGUUUGAGACCACUGAUCUACAUAGAUGAGAACCACCAACAUUGUUCAGUUUCUUUGCCCUUAACAUGAAAAGAGAACCAUUUCCAGUUGAUGCAUACAUUUUUGGGCUAAAUCGAUACUUUUAAAGUAGCUGCCUGUUCUUUCAGUAGGCACUUUAGACAUCAUAGAGGCAAGAGAGAGACAAACAACCUUGUGCCUCUGAGUCCAUAGAUCCUAUUACGUGAGCUGUAUUCUCUUAAAGGGGUACUCAGGUGGAAAACAUUUUUUUUUUUACAACAACUGAUGCCAAAAAGUUAAACAGGUUUGUUUGUAAAUUACUUCUAUUUAAAAAAUCUCAAUCCUUCCAGUACUUAUCAGCUGCUGUAUGCUCCAGAGGAAAAUUUGUAGUUCUUUCCUGUCUGACCACAGUGCUCUCUGCUGCCACCUCUGUCUGUGUCCGGAAUUGUACAGAGCAGAAGCAAAUUCUCUUAGUGAACUUUUCCUGCUCUGGACAGUUCCUGACACAGACAGAGGUGGCAGCAGAGAGCACUGGGGUCAGACAGAAAAUAACUAUACAAAUUCCUCUGGAGCAUACAGCAGCUGAUAAGUACUGGAAGGAUUAAGAUUGUUAUGUAGAAGUAAUUUACAAAUCUGUUUAAUUUUCUGGCACCAGUUGAUUAGAAAAUACUUGCGUACCCCUUUAAGUAUUGGUUCUUCACACGGUUGCAGGCACUCUGUGUAGAUGAAGGGUUCAUUGUUAGAUCUGUAUGUUAUGCAAUAACUAGAAUAAAAAACAUGGAGGCUGAAGACUUUGCACAGCUUCUCACAAACUGGCGGCAUGGAAGGUGCAAAUUUGGCAUGUGACGUAUUAGUAGAUUGAGACUAUUUCAGUUGCCCUCAGCUGCAUUACUGAUGCACUUCAAUGGCAAGACUGGAUGUGUGUUUUUUGCCUAGUAAUGGAACAUAGCAUGAUGUUUCUUGUCAUUUCAUUUAUUAUAUAACAAAUUGAAUGAUUUAUCAACCACCAAUGUAUUAGUUUCUAGGAAAAAUUCACACUAAGGGCCCCUUUCCUUAUGACUUGGCUCUCGGAUCGAACCCAAGAAAGGAAAGCUGCAUUGGUACCUUCUUCUAGGAUGGUACCAAUGGCUUUGAAGAUAACCUCACAUCUGUGUGGAUGAACCCUAAGGCUGCAUUCACACCUCGUUUUCAGCCUACGGUUGCCGGAUCCGGCUGAGGGAGGGGAAAACCGGGCGCUCCCGUACCCCAGCCGGACCGGCGCUGAAAUCCAUUUACUUUAAUGAGCCGACCAGAGUCAAACGGUGACUGCGGUCGGCUCAUUUUUGACCCGUAUCCGGUUUCCUGACCGGACCUAAAACCGUAGUAUACUACGGUUUUAGGCCUGGUCACAAAACCAGAUAAGGGUCUAAUAUGAGCCAACCUGAGUCACCGUUUGACUCUGGUCGGCUCAUUAAAGUAAAUGGAUUUCAGCGCCGAGGUACGGAAGCGCUCGGUUUUCCCCUCCCCUAGCCGGAUCCGGCAACCGUAGGCUGAAAACGAGGUGUGAAUGCAGCCUAACAAGGGACCAUUAAUACGAGACCCCUAACAAGCAAUAAAGAGAAACUACAGUCAUAGGGGAGAUUUAUCAAACCCUGUCCAGAGAAAAAGUUGCUGAGUUGCCCAUAGCAACCAAUCAGAUCGCUUCUUUCAUUUUCCAGAGACCUUUGCAGAAAUGAAAGAAGUGAUCUGAUUGGUUACUAUGGGUAACUCAGCAACUUUUCCUCUGCAUAGGUUUUGAUAAAUCUCCCCCAUAGUCUCUUCCUGGUCCCAACCCCAUUCUGGUACUAGGUUUACCUAUUUAGUCAUUUCUACUUUGUUAGUAAAAGAAAGAAAAAAAAACUGCAUCGAUUUUAAUGAUCAUUGGCCUGAAUGGGCUUCAAAAAGAUUGGCCAUGAUAUUUCAGAACCCAUGAAUGUGCUUUUGGCAGUUGUCACUUUGCCCCAUUCUUUUUGGCUGGUUUUAAUGCAUUUCUUAACACUCUUAAAAAUUAUAUACGACUAAAGAUAAGUUAAACGUUUCCACAAUAGUAGUUGUGUUAACAAAAAAAAUAAACUUUUUUUUUAAAUUUUCCUACCAAUAAUGGACUAUUUCUGCAGUUGCUCUUUAAGAGUUUUCCAGGAUUAGGAAAAAGGGCCCAGAAAUAGCGCUAUUCUUAUCCAUGGUCUGUGUACGAUAUUACAUCAGGCAGACCAUGGGGGAGAUUUAUCAAAACCUGUGGAGAAGAAAAGUUGCCCAUAGCAACCAAUCAGAUCGCUUUUUUUAUUUUUGAGAGCCACUUUCAAAAAUGAAAGAAGCUAUGGGCAAAUGGGCAACUUUACAGGUUUUGAUAAAUCUCCCCCUCUAUUCCUAAAACUAGACCAUGCCUCGUAAUUUGGCUACCAGUGCAUUGGUGUGGUAUAGUGCAAAUGGGCAGUUACAUAUCAGCAUUAAAGGGGUUGUACAGUGAUAACAAUCUUAUACAUGGGGUUAGGAUGGCUUAAAAAAAAAGAUACCCACUGCCCAGUCUCCUGCUGCUGCCCAGGUGUCCGCUGAUCGGUACUUUCUGGUGUCAUCUUAACACAAGGAGAUGCCUCUUACCAAUCAUUUGUUGAGGAGGGUAACCACCACAGCUAGUGAUCGGCUGAGAGGACAUUUCCAGCAUAUGGGACCAAAAGCUACUGAUCAGCAAUGACCCAGACACCUUCAGGGUGGCGUUGGUGGGGAAUGGGGCAGGUAAGUAUCCCUAAUCUUUAACAUAAGACAGCCUAACAACCUUUUAAAAAUAUUUCUAUAUCAGGACAACUCCUAUAUGAGGUCUAGUAUAGAUGUCAUCAUGAAAACUGAUACUCGAUCGGUGGCUUUGUGCUCCACACCGACUACAAAAUGGCCCUCAUUUACUCUUGCAAACCCUACAUGUUUAGUCGGGUUGUGCGCCAGAUUCUGGCCCAUUGCGCCAGAAAUUCUGUCUGAGCCAAAUUUGUGCCAGAAUUGAAAAAAAAACAGACUAACUCUCCAUUUCGCUAAGAAAACUAGAAAAAGGGGCAUGGCCGUUGGGGAAAGGGGAGGUGGUCACAGAAAAGGGGCGUGUUCCCAACAUUUUCACAAAAACCCAACAUAUUUACUAAGGUUUCCACAAAAAAUGUGGUGGAUUUCAGCUGAGGAAAACUCUACAGAUCGGAGCAUUUGUAAUAAAAAAAAAAAUGUAGGGAAAGUGGAAAAUGUAGGGAAACCGUGUAAAAUAAA